AUGCCGCCCAACUGUCAUUUCGAGUGCGGCACCUGCCUGAAGGAGUUCCCAGCUGGCUGGCACGCACGCGAGAAUCACUGCCGCUCGACAGAUGACUAUUAUUGGGAAUGCACAGAGUGCAACGAUGCCUUCGACACCGAGCAGCAAGUCGUGCAACACGAGGCGGAUGAGCACCUGUACUGCAGGCCCUGUGAGCGGUACUUUCAGAGCGACAACAGCAUCAGGAUGCAUCUCAACUCACGUGUCCAUCGUGGAGCCAACAUCGACUGCCCCUUCUGCGACCGUAGCUAUACUGCCGCCACGGGUGUCGCGCACCACCUCGAGGCCGGCUCCUGUCCCCGUGCUCCAAAUCUGAAUCGCGACGAGAUCUUCCGCAUGCUGAGUCGUGUAGACCAGCAAGGCGCCAUGACCAAGAAGUUGCUUAGCUGGCACGGAUCCACCACGUACGAAGCCACUGCGCUAUCUUGGAACGGACGCGCUUAUGAGUGCUACCUCUGCCACCGCUCUUUCACGACUUUGCAUGGACUCAACCAGCACCUUGGUUCUCCCAUUCACCAGCAGGCACUCUACCACUGCCCAAAGCGGGAUUGCCGCCAGGACUUCAAGAGUAUUGCGGGUUUUAUCAACCAUCUCGAAAGUGAGACCUGUGGCUACAUGCGCUUUGGCGACGUCCAGAAACGCGCACAGGACAUGCUGAGAAACGGCCGGCUUCUGGCGUAUUGA